UGUGUGAACUGCAAGUGCUCACAUAAUAACAGUAGUGAUUGGUUCGGGAGUUCUGUCCUUGCCUUGGGCCACUGCUCAACUGGGAUGGGUAGCUGGUCCAUCUCUGAUGAUCUUGUUCGCAGUUUUGACUUGCUACACCUCUACUCUGCUAGCAUCAUGCUACUAGUCGAGCGAUCCCAAUACCAGAAGAAGAAAUUGUACUUAUAUGGAUGUUGUCAAAGCCAACCUAGGUGGAUUUCAGGUGAAAAUUUGUGGAGCAAUUCAGUACUUGAAUCUUUUUGGAGUUGCCGUUGGUUGUACCAAUGCUUCCUCUAUAAGCAUGAUGGCAAUCAAGAAAUCCAAUUGCUUCCAUUCAAAAGGAGAUAAUAGUCCUUGCAGAAUUUCAGGCAAUCCGUACAUGAUUGGAUUUGGUGUUAUUCAAAUAUUUUUCUCUCAAAUCAUGGAUUUCAGUCGAAUAUGGUGGCUUUCAAUUGUUGCUGCAGUCAUGUCUUUUAUUUACUCAACCAUUGGUUUAGGCUUUGGAAUUGCCAUAAUUGCAGAAAAUGGGAAAAUUAAGGGAAGUCUCACUGGAAUUAGCAUUGGCAUCGUCACUCCAAUUGAAAAAAUAUGGAGAAGCUUACAAGCAAUUGGGGAUAUAGCUUUAGCCUAUUCUUACUCUCUCAUCCUUAUUGAAAUACAGGAUACGAUAAAAUUCGCACCAUCAGAAUGCGAGACAAUGAAGAAAGCAAAUCUACUAAGUGUGGUAGUGACAACAAUUUACUACAUGUUCUGUGGCCUUUUUGGUUAUGCGGCAUUUGGAGAUCUUUCACCUCGAAAUCUCCUCACUGAUUUUGGCCCCUACUACCCAUACUGGGUUAUUGACAUAGUCAACGCUGCCAUUGUUAUCCACCUUGUAGGUGCUUACCAAGUUUAUUGCCAACCCCUUUUCGCUUUCGUUGAAAAAACUGCAUUAGAUUGGUUUCCGGACUGCAAAUUCAUCACCGAAGAAAUCCAAGUCCCAAUCCCGGGAUACAAGCCUUUCAAACGUAAUCUUUUCCAACUUGUGUGGAGAACAAUUUUCGUUAUCAUUACAACAAUUUUGUCAAUAAUCUUACCAUUCUUCAAUGAUCACAUCAUUCGAAUUGUUGGUGCUUUGGGGUUCUGGACUCUUACCGUAUAUUUCCCAGUCAAAAUGUACAUAGAUCAAAUGAAGAUCCCAGAAUGGAGCACUACAUGGCUCAGCUUACAAAUUCUAAGUGUUGCUUGCCUUAUUUCCUCUAUUGCUACUGCUGCUGGCUCCCUUGCUGGAGUUAUUUAUGAUCUUAAAGGGUAUAAGCCUUUUAAGAAUGUGUCCUAAUUUUUGUCAAUUUUUUACAUCAUAAUUAGGGGAAAAAAAGUGGUCAAAGAAUAAUACUUUUAUUCAUAUUAGGCUUAAUGUAAUUUCUCAUUGUAUCCUAACUCAUAUAUAGUUACAAAGUUACAUUGCAUAGAACCAAUAAUUUUGUUGAAGAGAAGGCUUACA